AUGGAACAGGAGUACGAGCAAGGGCACACCUGGCAUACUCGACAUCGAAAGCAAGGGCAAGAUCAACAGUAUGCGGAUCUCUUAUUCUCUGUUACCUCUCCCCUUACUUCCAGUAACUACAGCAGCAAUAGCAGCAACAAUGACAACAACAACAGCAGCAAUAGCAACCCAUUGUUGAUCCGAUCGAUUUGGAAGGAACACUUGGCCAACUUGCUCUCACGCAAGUUUUUGACUAUCCUGCUCUUGGGCCAAUUGUUAUCACUCUGUAUCACUGCAACAACUAUCUUUACAACAAAGCUAGCUCAGGGCGAUCAACCUGUCUCUAUCCCCACUACACAGUCUUUUCUCAAUUACUUUGUCCUUGGGUUGGUAUAUACCAGUAUCACCAUCUACAAAGAAGGUGUCUUCAGCUGGAUCGAGACUAUCCGUAGACGAGCACUGUAUUAUAUGCUUUUUGCCCUAGCGGAUGUCGAGGGUAACUAUUUUAUGGUCAAGGCCUACAACUACACCUCUUUACUUUCAGCCAUGCUCCUUGAUGCAUGGACGAUCCCUUGUGUAGUUCUCUUAUCGAUCCUUUUCCUCAAGUUGCGCUUCAGCCGUUAUCACUACUUGGGUGUUCUUUUGGCCAUGAUCGGCAUGGGUUUCUUAAUCUGGUCGGACAUGGAAGCUGGCAAGGACUUUCCUGGAUCCGAUUAUGUGAAGGGUGACCUCUUUUGUCUCUUGGGUGCUACGCUUUAUGCUAUUUCCAAUGUAUAUCAAGAGUUCUUAGUUCGACAAAGGCCUCUUUACGAGGUUGUUGGACAGAUGGGAUUUUGGGCCACGAUCUUCUGUGGCUGUCAGUUAGCCAUCUUGGAAAAAAAUGAGAUAAAGGACAUUGAAUGGACGCCUAGCGUAGUCGGGUACAUCAUUGGUUUCGAUACUGCCAUGUUCAUCAUGUACUCUACUUCACCUAUCCUCAUUAGACUAUCCUCUGCCACCUUCUUCAACCUCAGCCUCUUAACGAGCGACUUUUACGGCCUCAUCUUCGGUAUAUUUUUGUUUUCGGCCAAGAUUAACCGCCUCUACUCAAUCGCAUAUACCCUCAUCAUUGGAGGUAUCAUCGCUUAUAACAUCUAUCCUGCGCCUGAGCCGAAAUUCAAGAAGAUCCUCAAGUGUGAUUCCGAUGUCAAUGUUGGUGACGACAGCGAUGAUGACAAUAACAUAAAACAAUGCGCGGCUAGGCGGUAA